CAUAAAUUUAAGCUUUUUACACUUUUAGGCUUUAAUUUAAAUUGUAAAUCUCUUAUUUAGUUUGUGGAGCUCCUCAGCAGCGAGUUGGCAGCCCGCUCUCAAUGUUUACGUUCCUCUCAUAAUUAUUUUGAUUUGCUGUUGCUUUUGGAUCACAACCGGGCACGGAACUGCGAUAACUACACGGAACUCCACCUGGAAUGUGCCCAGCAAUCCGUCUCCAAGUUCUGACUUAGUCGCAGGAGCCAACAACAUGGGCCAUUCGAACAAGGCGCGCAAAGCGGCAGCCAGGGAAGCGAAUGCUGCUGCUGCCCAGCGAUCGGCCGCAGGAUCACAAGGGGACACAUCGGUGCCCAGAAAGGCGCAACGGGAACAGGAAGCCACAUCUGAGCCACAGGACACAGCUAAACCAAGGCAGGCACAGCAACAGGACACAGCUGAACCUACAAAGAAGUCGCAGCAGGAGGACACAGCGCGUCCUAUGGCCACCGGCCAUGACCAGUUCCUGGAGUCCUUGCUUCAGAUGCUAUACAAGACGUGGAUACAAUUGCGACGCUUGGUGGAGUUUGUGAUGUCCGAGCUGGGUGGCAGAGAGAUUGUGGAAUCCAUGGCCGCCUGGUGUGCCAAGAAUCCUCACAUUGCCAUCUGCCUGCUGGCCGCCGGCUUGGUCUUUUUACUGCCCUUCCUCAUUAUCUUUGGCUUUGGUAUAGCCACCAUGCUGAUGACAUUCACUGGCCUUUUGGUACUUGAAGGCACUCUCCUCACCAUUGUUUCUAUGGUGUUCUUUGCCUGCCUCGGUGGUUUCAUCAUCAUGGUACCUCUCUUUGGUGUGGCUGCUGUGGCCGCAUAUUUUGGUUUCUCGCAGGUUUAUGGCUUGUAUGAUGGCAUGGAACGCCACAAGAUUAACCUGUUCAAGAUGCUCAGAGAGGCGCCAAGCAGGCAAAGAAAUGUCACUCCUACACCCUCGGUGGCCAUUACCGAGGAACCCACAUCGACUACAUAAGGAAAUAAGGUUUUUUCAUUCCCUUCUCCUACUACUAAUUCAUACAAACAUAGUUAUUAAAAAAAAUUAUAUAUAUAUUAAAUAAAAAGCAGCCCCUGCCAGCAUUUGAAA